AUGGGCAAACGAAACAUCCGCGGCGACCUGAACCUCUCCCGCCUCACCCCCAUGUUCCCCGUCACCUCGAGUCGCUCGGCAGCCUACGUCCUUGGUCCCCAGCUUACGGGUGCAUGCAUUGGCGCGCUCCUUACAGGCGUUAUCGCGCACCAGUUUUCCCGGUACAUCGUGCGCUACCCUGCCGAGCGCCGUGGGCUCCGGGCGUAUGUCGGCCUGCUCAUGCUGGGUACCGUGGCAACGACAGUUCUGGACUUCCUCGGCUCGUGGCAGAAGAUCGUCCUCGGCGCAGUGUUCUUCGGGACGCCGGACAUACAAAUCACUGGGUCCAACUCCAUGCUUCCCGCAUUCUUAGCGAUAUACGUCCAGAGCUUUUAUCUACACAGACUAUACCGGCUGUCGAACCGCAACUGGCCGCUCGUCGGCCUCCUCACGGGCCUCCUCGUUCUCGCGUUCUCCUUCAGCAUCGCCGCAGUCAGUGGGCGUCUAACUCCGACGGCGAUGGCUGCAGCUGAUAAUGCGAAGAGUUUACGCCUCUACAACCUGCAUCUUGCAUUUAUCCUUGUGGGCGACUUUUUGCUCACACUCACAACGGUAGGAUACCUGAUCUACUACCGCAAGCGCGUCCUCCCGCGCGGCGCCUCGCUGAUGACCACGCUCAUCCGCGUGACGUUCCAGUCCGCGGCGCCUGCCACUUGCUGCGUGAUCGUCGAGUUCGCCAUCUCCAUCAGUUUCCCAAACCCCGCGUAUGCACCGGUGGCCCGCGUCUCCGCUGCCGUCGGCACGAACAUGGCGCUGUCCAAGCUGUGGGCGGUGUCCCUGCUCGGCACGCUCAAUUCGCGACCUGCCGCAGAGCCGCGGAAGGAUGCGAGCGACACGUCAGUUGGGUGGCAGAGCCUCGGUGUCGUCGGCCGCCGCAGUCGAAGCAGCAGCGCGGCAAGUGCGAAAAAGGACUUUCGUCUUGAAAUACGGACGCAUACGACGUCCUCGGUUGUACGCGAUCCGGUCGUGCAAGUUUCAUCGCCACCGGCAAUGCCAGCCGCAGAGAGUCCGGAUAGCAGUCCGGCAAGGCGAUUGGUUGUGUUACCUGGGCCACCGGUGCAAGGCCCGGGCGAGCGGGAGUGGGCGAGCUGGGAGUGA